GAAGUGGGGGCCGAGGGUGUUCGGAGUCGAGUGGGGAUGAGGGUGCGCUUCGGCGGCCGCGCUGUAGCCGGUUCUGCGAUGGUUAACGCGGGCAGAGCGAACGGCUCCGGGACCGCCGGCCUCAACCUUUUGCCCACUCUCUGGCCCUUUUCCUCUCGGGGCCUAGCGAGACCCCGCCUGACUCUGACAGGAUCGCUGACUGAGUCGUUUCGUCCCUUCUUUGGCCCUGGCGCUCCCCAGCAACCGCUCAGUAUUAGAGGACACAUAUCUUAACUGGGUCCCUCCAAGGACUAAUGCCUAAACCAUCUCAGCAUGGCCUGUAGUGGAGGAGGUGGGCCAAGCCAGCCUCCCUCACCUGCGCUCUCCUCUGUCAGCCCUGGAAGUCUUCCCACAUGUAGAUCCUGUUCCCAUAAUAUAUGCAUGGUGUCGGACUUUUUCUACCCAAAUAUGGGAGGCGUGGAAAGCCACAUUUACCAGCUCUCUCAGUGCCUGAUUGAAAGAGGGCACAAGGUCAUAAUUGUCACCCAUGCUUACGGAAAUCGCAAAGGCAUCCGUUACCUCACUAAUGGCCUCAAAGUCUAUUACUUGCCUCUGAAAGUCAUGUACAACCAAUCUACAGCCACGACCCUCUUUCACAGUCUGCCAUUGCUCAGGUACAUAUUUGUUCGGGAGAGAGUCACGAUAAUCCAUUCACAUAGCUCCUUUUCUGCCAUGGCCCAUGAUGCCCUCUUCCACGCCAAGACAAUGGGCCUCCAGACAGUCUUCACGGACCAUUCCCUUUUUGGAUUUGCUGAUGUCAGCUCGGUGCUUACAAACAAGCUUCUAACUGUGUCUCUUUGUGACACAAACCACAUAAUUUGUGUCUCUUACACUAGUAAGGAAAACACGGUGCUAAGAGCAGCACUGAAUCCUGAAAUAGUGUCCGUCAUUCCUAAUGCUGUAGAUCCUACUGACUUCACUCCAGACCCAUUUAGAAGGCAUGAUAGUGUAAUAACUAUUGUUGUUGUCAGCAGACUUGUUUACAGAAAAGGGACCGAUUUGCUUAGUGGUAUAAUACCUGAACUCUGUCAGAAAUACCCUGAUUUAAAUUUCGUAAUUGGAGGAGAGGGACCAAAGAGAAUCAUUUUGGAAGAAGUUCGGGAAAGAUACCAGCUCCAUGACAGAGUGCGUCUCUUGGGAGCCUUAGAACACAAGGAUGUUAGAAAUGUCUUAGUUCAAGGACAUAUUUUUCUUAAUACUUCCCUUACUGAAGCAUUCUGCAUGGCAAUUGUGGAAGCAGCCAGUUGUGGUUUACAGGUUGUAAGUACCAGGGUUGGUGGAAUUCCUGAAGUGCUUCCAGAAAGUCUUAUCAUAUUAUGUGAGCCUUCUGUAAAGUCUCUGUGCGAGGGAUUGGAAAAAGCUAUUUCGCAACUGAAGUCAGGAGCAUUGCCGCCUCCAGAAAGUAUCCAUAACAUCGUCAAGACUUUCUACACCUGGAGGAAUGUUGCGGAGAGAACGGAAAAAGUGUACGACCGCGUGGCAGGAGAGGCUGUGCUGCCGAUGGACAAGCGACUGGACAGGCUCAUCUCUCACUGUGGCCCUGUGACAGGCUGCAUUUUUGCUUUGUUGGCUGUGUUCAACUUUCUCUUCCUCGUUUUCCUGAGGUGGAUGACUCCAGAUUCUAUCAUCGAUGUUGCAAUAGAUGCCACGGGGCCAAAGGGUGCCUGGACUCGUCAAUAUCCUUCCCGUGCAAACGGGGACGAGAAUAAUGAGGAGUCGGAAACCAGGUAGAAGAAAGCCUGGAUUGCGAGGAUUUAAACACUUGUAAUAGGUCUAUUGAGACUGUUGAUAACCGUGCUUUUUUUUCUUUUUUUUUUUAAAGUUAAUUUAGUAAGUUAUGCUACCUCUAUAUCAUUCAAUGUUUUAUUUUGAGGAAAGAGAAACACUUAUGCAAUUCCUGAGUGUAGAAACUCCUUGCACUUAUUUAAAAUUUAAGAGAGAACCUUGAAGCCACUCAGGUAUGCAAUUUUUCAGACUACUGAAAUCCCUCUAGCAGAGAUGUUUUAACAUUAUAUUUUGGGAGCUUUGGGUGCUGAAGGGCCAAACGUUUUCUGGGCAUUUUUUGGCCAAUUUUAAAUGUUCUACCGUUAGACAUUCACCAGAUGUUUACAAGUUUUCUUUAGGGAAGUACAACAACUAGAUGAACUAUUUUAAGUCAUAUUCAUACGACAUUUAUUAGACAUUUAAGGCGUAGUCUUUAGACAUGCAAUGGGUACACACUCAGUGUUGCGUAUAAUCAGCAGGUUUCUUGAGUAAAAUGGUCUGUCGGCUACCAGCAUGUUUUAAGCACCUACUGCGUGUAGAACGUUGAACUGGACACUCGGUGUGUUAAGGACCAGGGGUGCAUUCGCUCUUCGUCGAUGACUCAAGUGGCUCACUUGGUAGUCGGAGUUGGCAUGAGAGGGAAAGCUGCCCACCAUGCCAGAAAUGCUCACGCUCUUAAUGCCAGAAGGAAAGUUGCCGGCCUAGUUCGAGUUCUCCUCUGAUCCUGUUGAGCGCAUUCUCCUAGGUAGAGCCUUCGUUUUCAGUUGUGUGUAUGAAAAUCCUUCUUGCUUUUUAAAUACUAGGGACCGAUAUCACUGUUGAUGAUAGUGCAGAGAAGCCGUCCACGUCUCUCAGUGCAUAAUUUAGUCCUCUGUCAAUAUGCCUUCGUGUUUUCCGAGCAGAAUGUACGAGGUGUGCCAUCUCAAAAUCAGCUGCUACCCUGUACUUUUGAUAGAAGUCACUUCCCUUCACUUGUGGCCUAGCUGAUGUCUGAUGAGUAUUGUCAGUGUGCAGAAGUCUUAACCCCAGAAUGUUUUGUUUGUAGCCAGUUGAGUCUGAAAAUUCUAGGAACACAGUCUCUCUGUGGAUGGAUGUUGUUAACUGUAAUUGUUGUUGCCCAGAGCCAUGGGUUGUUAAAACCCCAAAUUAUCCACAUGGUGUGUCUUAUUAAUUCUUUGAACUCCUUAGAGUAAGUUUUUGUGAUUAAAGGACUGUGAAAUCACAAGAAUGAGGCACUGUGGGUGCACUGGUUAGAUGCUGGCAGUAUUGCGAUUCUUUUUUUCUUUUUGUAAACAACAACAUUCACAGAACUUCUUUUAAAAAAAAGUAUCUUAACAUGCCUAUGUCAUUGCCACUGAUACGGGAGAAAUAUGUUUGUGUUUUAUACUAGAACACAAAUGCAAGAGUGCAGUUUUUAAAAUCUAGAAGUUAGGGGUUCUUUUGUUAAAGAAAAACAGACUGACCCAAACCAUUCAGUCUUAUUGGGAUUUUUGUGCAUAGAAACCGACUUACAUAAAUCUGAAAUAAACAGUGCCAAUAUUCAUGACAAAGCAAGAAACUGUAACAUUUGGUUUUAUUUCUUCUGUUCCGUUUUUAAAGACAUACUACUAUUUUUCUUGUGUUUUUGUUUCUUGGCUUUUUUUUUUUUUUCCCAAAAAACUGUCAAGUAAUUAUUACAUUGCCAUUUAUUUCAGAUGGAAAUAGGAUUUAAAGUUCUUGCAUGAAAAGUAUGUAGUUUGCAUUUUUCCUUUUUUUUUAAUAAAUGAAAGUAAAUUUGCUUGUUUUAGUAAAUUUUAAUUUUCGGGCUUUCUGAAUACCUUAAUUGUAACUGUCAGUGUUGCACUGGUCAAUAUGUGGAAACAUAUUGUUCUACUCUGCUACUUAACAUUUAUUUGAAAGUGAACUUGCAGUGAUGAGGAAUUUAUGAAAAAUAUAUUGUAUUUCUUCUGAUGUUAUAAAAAUAGCACAUGCAAAACUGAUUUAUGAAAACAUGCUACGUGUCCAAAAAUAAAGACCACAAUGACAUUUUGACAA